CGAUAUCAGCCCCUCCAGACCGCCUCACAUCCAUUACCUCCUCUCCAAAUUCCUCUCUCCCUCUCUAUAAAUCCUCCUCUUUCUUCCAUUGCCAUAUAUAUACAUUAACAAUCCUAUAAAAGACGCCUACUUUCAAAUUCUUACCGCUCUAAUUCCUAUUUUUGCUGAUUUUCCCUCUAACUAUUCCCAUUUUCUCUGUUUCUUCAACUCAAAGGACGGUUUUAAACCCUAGAUCAACUGAAUUCACGCUGAAAGGACCGAUCUAUACAUCCUUUGGUUAAGAUUUCACCUGAUUCGCUGCUGUUAGGUGAAUAUUUGUUCAGAGUAGUAGAACACAUUGCAAAACGGUGAUUUGAUGGCAGAUCCUCAAGGUCUGGAGGGGAAUCAACCUGUUGACAUCUCUAAGCAUCCUUCAGGGAUCGUACCUACUCUACAGAACAUUGUGUCAACAGUCAAUUUAGACUGCAAAUUGGAUCUUAAAGCUAUAGCAUUGCAAGCUCGAAAUGCAGAAUACAAUCCCAAGCGUUUCGCUGCGGUGAUUAUGAGGAUCAGAGAACCAAAAACAACAGCACUCAUAUUUGCAUCUGGAAAGAUGGUUUGUACAGGAGCCAAGAGUGAACAACAAUCGAAAUUGGCUGCUCGGAAGUAUGCUAGAAUUGUUCAGAAGCUUGGCUUCCCAGCAAAAUUUAAGGAUUUCAAGAUUCAGAACAUAGUUGGUUCUUGUGAUGUGAAAUUUCCUAUUCGACUUGAAGGCCUUGCCUAUGCACACGGUGCCUUUUCAAGCUACGAGCCUGAGCUUUUUCCUGGAUUAAUUUAUCGGAUGAAACAACCAAAGAUAGUGUUGCUCAUUUUUGUCUCGGGGAAGAUUGUUCUCACCGGAGCUAAGGUUCGAGAUGAGACAUACACGGCCUUUGAGAAUAUAUACCCUGUUCUCACUGAAUUCCGAAAAGUUCAGCAAUGGUAUGAAGAAAAUGUGGUUAUAUGUUCUGUUUUCCACUGCUAA